AUGGCGUCGUCCAGUGCUUAUUGUAUCACACGCUGUAUAGCCAUACGUUUAUUAUCAGGGAAUCGUACUGUGUUUUCUCGUCUUAGAUCUUUCGGGCAUGGUGAUGUACGUGCUCUGUCGAUAUUUGGAGUGCAGCGUUGUAUUUCUGGACGCUAUGUAAACAGUUGGAGAGAUGGUGGUUAUGUGACAUUGAGGGGACUGUCAGGGCUGAAGUGCUUCAGUGUACCUAGUGCUCACUCCUUCCAUACUAGCACUGUGUCACACAAUAAGAAGGACUUCUACGAAGUACUAGGAGUCCCUCGCACGGCUUCACAAAAAGAAAUCAAGAAAGCAUAUUAUCAGAUGGCUAAGAAGUACCAUCCUGACACCAAUCCAGAUGAUCCACAGGCCAAAGAGAAGUUUGCACAGCUGGCAGAAGCCUAUGAGGUUCUGGGAGACGAAGUGAAGAGGAAGCAAUAUGACACGUACGGCUCAGCUGAUCCAAACCAGGCCGGGGCGGGACAGCAGCAGUACUGGAGAGGGGGUACCAACGUCGACCCGGAGGAACUCUUCCGCAAGAUCUUCGGGGAGUUCGCGGGAGGACGAGGCUUUGGAAACUUCAGCUCUAUGUUUGACCAGACCCCCGAGUAUGUCAUGGAGCUGACUUUUAACCAGGCUGUGAGAGGUGUAAAUAAGGAGAUUGUGGUUAAUCUUGACGAUAAUUGUCAACGCUGUGAUGGGAAAGGUUAUGAACCGGGCACCAAGGUUCAGCACUGCCAUUACUGCAACGGCACGGGCAUGGAGUCUAUAAACACCGGGCCAUUCAUGAUGCGCUCUCCAUGUCGACGCUGUGGAGGGAGAGGAUCUAUCAUAAUCACACCCUGUGUCAUGUGCCGAGGGACGGGGCAGACCAAACAGAGACAGACCGUCAUGGUUCCAGUACCCGCAGGAGUGGAUGACGGACAGACAGUACGGAUGCCAGUGGGGAAGAGAGAGAUCUACAUCACGUUUAGGGUCCAGAAGAGUCCAGUGUUCAGAAGGAACGGAGCAGACGUCUAUUCUGAUCUGUUUCUGUCAGUGGCCCAGGCCAUUCUGGGUGGUACAGCUAGAGCACAGGGCCUGUAUGACACUGUUAACAUUGCAAUUCCACCAGGAAUGCAGCCAGGCCAGCGGAUCAGACUGGCCGGUAAAGGCAUUCAGCGAAUGAACAGCUCCAGUUACGGAGAUCAUUAUGUCCACAUCAAGAUUAAAGUGCCCACGAAACUGACACGGAGACAGCGAUCCCUCCUUCUGAGCUACGCAGAGGAUGAGACUGAUGUAGAGGGUACUGUUAACGGAGUGGUCAGACAAGCCAGAGAGGGGGGCAGCAGUGGUCAAAGUUCUGAGGGACAGAGCAAAACAGAGGAGGAGCAGGAAAAGGAGGAAGGGGGCUUCUUCUCCAAAUUAAAGAAAAUGUUUAGCUGAUUGCCCAGUUCAACCCUCCGUCAGUGACUGACGGUAGUGGGCGCGUUUCUCCUUUCCCUGUCCCAUGGCUACACCUCCCCGCAAACACACAGAGGAGAAGAAGAGUACUGCAUGGGCUAAAACAGUUACAGUUGGCAAACAGGCGAGGGUGACACCGCUCCCAUACGGAACCUUUGCAGAAGAAGACGUCGGGAGAGAUGCAGGAAUGUGGGACGUUCAGUACGAGACCCACUUGGUAAAAAAAAAAAAAGUGUCCGAAAUGACACGUACCUCAGACAUCUGAACAGAGAGAUGGUGACAAAAGUAUCCUGUCCUCCCAAUGAGACUUGAGCCAGGGACAAGUGAAGUCUGUCAUGUGAUGAGAAAGCUUAAGUAA